AUGCGGCUGAAAGGAAUCGAAAACUUGGCAAAAGAACUUCUAAACCGAGACCAGAAGGUUGUGAUAUUUGAAACGUUUUUCUAUCUGUUAACAAUUUCGGUGGCAGUCGUUGGAAACUCCUGUGUUCUUCUGGCAGUGUACAGAAACUCAAGACUGCGAACGAUUCCUAACUACUUCAUUGUGUCUCUGGCGAUCUCUGAUAUUCUUUUACCUUUACUGUGUGCUCCGUAUUCUAUAGCUGUUGCCAUCGUUGGUUACUGGCCAUUUAAUGAUAGCGUUUGCCAAAGUCAAGGAUUUUUCGUCAUAAUUUUAGCUUGCGCCUCUUUGCUAACCUUAACCCUGACCGCGAUCAAUCGAUUUUACCGAAUGGUCCUAACGAAACAUUAUCGGCAAAUUUUUACAAAGUGGAAAACCUUAACUAUGAUAGCAUUUGGAGUCGGCUUAGCUUGCUUGGAACCAUUACCUUAUUUACUUUCGGGUCGACGUUAUGUCUUUCAUCCCGGAAAGUUGUUUUGCUUUCAGACAGGUGAGAUUUCCCUUCCAAACUUCAUCGUGUAUUUCUACGUCGGCGUGCCUACUUUCACUUUAAGCAUAUGCUAUGCUCUUGUCUUCAGACAAAUGCGUAUUCACCGGAGAACAGUUCAAAAUUUGCGAUCGUGUGCUAUGGCUGUGGACAACAUAACUCAUGCAGAUAUCAGAGUUACAAAGAUUCUGUUCAUCACCGUGAUAGGAUUUUUGGCCUGUUGGACACCGAUUGCGGUCAUGGAUUUUGUAGACACGUUCCGGGGUGAAGUGUCUCUUCCGAGACAGGUCUAUGUUUUUUACCUAAUUCUGGGAAAUUUGUCAGGAGCCAUUAAUCCUUUUAUAUACGGUUUCCUAAACAGGAGUUUCAGAAGAGAAUAUGGAAAGAUGUUUUCGUUAAGGAAAAGAAACUCAAGACGGCAAAAUUUGCAAGUGGAUUUAACUUCGUUUUCGAGUCGAAACCCUCGCAACACAGAGCUCACCGCCAAUUGA